AGCACCACUCUCCUAAAGCAAAAACCAAUAGAGAUAGAUGGGUUUCGCAGGCUGCUGCUGCUCCUCUCUAUCAUCUUCUUCUUCUUCUCUAGCAAGAAACUCUCUCGCCUUCUUCACUAAAUCCCAAUAUCUAUUCCUCACUUCCAGAACAAUUAACUUCACCAGGAGAAACAGUAUCAUUACUAAUCUUCACCAUGAUCGUCUUCUCCAUUACCCCUCUUCUCUCCAUCACAGGGAUUGUACUAGUUUUUACAAGAAAUCUUCUCAUCUAUCAACUGUGGCAAUCUCCGCAAAAGUACGGGACGAAUCUUCAUCCAAUAAAACCGAUGUAGUUCUUACUAAGAAAAUGCAGAAAAAAUUACGCUUUGAAGCUCCUGAGAACAAGUUUAAAUUCAAUCUGGAGAUGUGUUCUAGACAUGGUGAUCUUAUUGAAGCCCUUCGUCUUUACGAUGAUGCUAAAAUUCAAGGUAUUAAAAUUACUCAACACCAUUAUAAUAUGCUACUUUAUUUAUGCUCUUCUGGGGUUGAUGUGAAAGGGGAAGGUGAUACCAGUGAUGAAAAUGUUUCAAAAUUAGGUCUUGAAAGGGGUUUUGAGAUUUAUAAACAAAUGAAUAUCGAUAAAAUUGCGCCGAAUGAGGCUACAUUUACUAGUGUAGCAAGAUUAGCUGCUAAAAUGGAAGACCCAGAAAUGGCUUUUGAUUUAAUUAAGAAAAUGAUGAGUUAUGAAAUUGUGCCAAAACUUAGGUCUUAUGGACCAGCUUUAUACGGUUUUUGUAAAAAGGGGGAAGCAGAUAAGGCUUAUGAAGUUGAUGCACACAUGGUGGAUUCAGGGGUUAUAGCGGAGGAGCCAGAAUUAGCGGCUUUGUUACAGGUUAGUUCAAGUGUAGGGAGGGGAGAGAAAGUGUACGAGCUUUUACAUCGGUUGCGCAGUUCAGUUAGACAGGUGGUUGAAUCUACUGCUGAGAUUGUGGAAGAUUGGUUUAAGUCGGAUAAGUCUAUAGAUGUUGGGAAGGAGAAUUGGGAUAUGAGAGAGGUGAAGAAUGGGGUUGUUAAGGGAGGGGGAGGGUGGCAUGGGAUAGGAUGGUUGGGCAAAGGAAAAUGGAAUGUGGUAAGAACUGAGAUGAAUGAGGAUGGUGUUUGCCGUACUUGCGGAGAAAAGCUUGUUUGUAUUGACAUUGAUCCAUUGGAGACAAAGAAUUUUGCUACCUCAUUGUCCAACUUAGCUGGCAAAAGAGAGGUCAAGGCUGAAUUCAAUAAAUUUCAGGAAUGGCUUCGCCGAAAUGGUCCAUUUGAUGCUGUUAUAGACGGUGCCAAUAUUGGUCUUCUUAAAGCGCGUGAUCUAAACUUUGCCCAGCUAAACCGUGUUGCAAACCGGAUUCGUGAACUGAGUCCUUCAAAGAAAUUGCCACUUAUUAUUUUGCAUAGUCGACGUGUGUAUGGUGGUCCUGCAGAAAAACCAAUUAAUAAGAAGCUAAUCGAAAGCUGGCAAAAAUCUGGUGCACUUUAUACUACCCCUGUUGGGUCAAAUGAUGAUUGGUAUUGGUUAUAUGCGGCCGUUAGUUGCAACAGCUUGCUAGUAACGAAUGAUGAGAUGAGGGAUCACUUAUUUCAGCUUCUUGGAACUAAUUUCUUUCCAAGAUGGAAGGAAAAGCAUCAGGUCCGACUUUCAGUUUCUUCAGAAAAGGGUUUGACGUUCCACAUGCCUCCACCAUAUUCAAUUGUCAUACAGGAGUCGGAAGGUGGUAGUUUGCACGUACCUACAGUCACCGGUGAUGACAUUGAGAACCCUAGACAAUGGGUUUGUGCAACAAGGGCUUCAGCAUCUGUCGCUCCUCCCUCAACCGAAGGAUCCUCAAGGGCUUCAGCAUCUGUCGCUCCUCCCUCAACCGAAGGAUCCACUCCCUCAGCCGAAGGAUCCAAUAUCAGUUUGGCUGAAAAAACUCUCAGGAAACUGAAACUUUCCAAUUCUCAUAGUUGACCCACACAAAUGAUAUCUUAGUAAAAUGUUUUGUACAUUGUAUUUUCCUUUCUUUUCCGGUGCAUUUUCCGUAGGUUAAAAUGUGUAGGUAGUUCUUUUAAUAGUUUUUUUACUGUCAUCAUAAGCCUUAGGCAAUCCCAACUAUUAGAGCAUCUCAAUUUUCCAAGUUGAGUGCAUGUGAACAAGCCAUUAGGUAACUCUAGUGUUCUGUUGUUGUAUGACUUAUAGUUUUAAUCAUUUGGAGAUACACCAUUACUUA